AUGGAUACAGCAGUUAUAAAACAGGAUAAUAGUAAGAAAGAUCAGGAUCUACAAAGGGAAGAAGAUCAAUUAUCCUAUGAACAAUCAAAAGAACAGAUCGAUCUGCAGCUCAGUGAAGAAGAAAUAAGCACGCAUAUUGAGGAAAACAAUGGGAUUAUUCCUGUUAGUCAAAGUAAUGGUGUGACUACCAUUAUGCCUAAAGGAUCAACCCCGGUAAAGUUAAAUCGUAAUAAUUAUAAAGCCAGCUUGGAAAUUAUAACUACUGGAGCUACACCAUCCAAACCGAAUGCCCUUUUGCAGAAUAACAAUAAUGAGGUUAGAGGAACAGCACCAACAGAUGCUCUACCACAAGCCCCGUUGAACAUUAAUAAUGAAAGUGGUCUAGGCACAGGCAGCAGAUAUGGGGUCUCUAUUAGCAAGACGCGUAUCUUUGUUGGCGACCUUUCUUGGAAACUUACAGAAAAACAGUUAAAAACCGAAUUUGAUCAAUUCGGAACUGUAAAUGAGGUUCUCGUAGUUAAGGACAGAAACUCUGGCUUAAGUAAAGGCUACGGCUUUGUAUCUUUCGAGGAAAAACAUGCUGCCUCAGACGCGAUUAAAGCCAUGAAUGGUCAGAAUAUUGAAGGUCGACCAAUUCGUGUCGAGGCAGCAGAAGAACGCCCAUCGGAAGACCGAUAUGAGAAACAACAAACUCAAGAGUACAGAAGGCCAAAUGAAUACAGAAAAGAUGUUGAUUAUGACCGAAGAAUUUAUUAUGAUCGUAAUAGAAGAGAACGUGAUAAUUAUUACCGAAAUGAAAUUGGCUAUAAACGAGAAAAUGAUCACAAAAUGGAAAUGAGAGCCAGGGACAUCGGUGAACGAAGAGAAUUUGAACCUCGUCGUGAGAUUGAAUAUCGAAAAGAUUUUGAACGUAGAAAGGGUUUUGAACACGAUAGGAGAGAAAGGGGUUUUGAACGACGAAUAGAAGAGGGUGACAACAAAAGAGAAAGAAGAAAGCAAUCAUUCGAGCCUAAUGAACCCAUUAUGUUUUCUCCAAAGGGACAAUUGAACAGAAAUUAUAUGAGAAUGAAAGAUCAGAGUUAUGGACCACAGGAACGUGAAUAUGAGCGUUCAUGCGAUCAAAGUGUGGAUACCGUUCAAAAUGAUAAAGAUGACAAGAAUGAUAGUCAAAAUCGAGGACAAAUAUACGAAAUCGAUCUUUCAGAUAAAAAUGAUGAUUCGUUGUAUAACCGAGGCGUCAAAUAUGUAGAAAAUGAAAAGGAUAGAAACAGCAGUAGUCGUAAAAGAACACGAUCCAAUAGUAUUAAUGCAGAUGAUGCAUAUUAUUCACGAUCCUCCGACAUGAUGCAUGUGGACUCUUCACCGCGAACACCAUCACCUCAUUUCGAAUCUGAUCCUUCGCAGUCACCUUGGCAUCCUUCACCAAGAAUUCCUAAAAAAGAUUACUAUAUUGAAGGACAAUCACCAAAUUUUCUACGUAAGCGCGAUCGAGGACGUGAGAGAGAGAAGGACAGAGGAUUUGAUCGUGAGAACCCCCGAUUUUUGGAUAGAGAGAGACAACGUCUUUUUGAUAAAGGACGUGAAAGGGACAUGAAAAUCAUGGAGAGAGAAAGGGAAUUACGUGAAAGGAAUCGACAGCUAGUACGGCCACGGGACCAGCCAAGGUAUUAUGAUCCUGAAAGGGACCCACAUCGCUUUCGAGCCCCAAAUCAUGAAUAUGGUAGAGAUGCAGUUCGCAUUCGCCCACCACCUUAUGGUCAUAAUCGAGAACCAGAAUUUAGAGAGAAAGAACGAGAUCUUCUUCGUUAUAAAGAUACCAACCGUGAUUCAUACUAUCACCGUCAAUCACCACCACAUAAUCAUUUAUCAUACAGAGAUAAUAAUAAUACCAAGCGUUUUGACGAUUAUUAUUAUCAGCCUGUAGUGUAUCCUACUGUUCGCAGGUCUCUCUCACCGCGUGCACGUUAUCCAGCUAGACGUUCAUCUUCCCCUGUUGUUAGACCUCCACAUAUUCCUUCAUACGACCGCCGAGAUCGUAUUCCACGGUAUGAUAAUAUUAGAAAUUAUGAAUACGAUACUCGACGUGAAAAUUAUUAUGCUCAUCAUUACAAUGAGGCGAAUCACAAUGGAUAUGUUGAUCAUUAUGCCCCACCCAUACAUUCAAGUGCUUCUAACGCGAAACAAUUUGAAGAAAAUUUUGGCAAUAAUUCUGGGGGUAUCCCUACCGGGGGUUAUGAACGUGGCCGCCCACGUGAGAGACGUGACAGACAUUGGGAAAUUGCUGAUGAAAAAACCGAUAGAAAUCACAAUUUGGACAGAAACAUUGCUGAUUCCGUUAGUAAUCACGAAAGGUCUCGUGAUCAUGAACGCAAUGAAAGCCGACGAAGUUGGGAUGCGAACGAAGAGAAAUCUGGGAACGCUAAAGACGAACAUAAGGAUUGUGCUGAUGUAAAAUCAACAUAUGAACGUCAAGAUACUCGUGAAAAAAAUGACAAAUACUGGGAUAUAGACGAGGAUGAAGGUAGAGACUACGAUUGCAACCCCAUUAAGAAUCGGAAUCGCGAGAAGGAUAACAAAGAACGAGGUGAAUUCGAUCAUAUACUGAAUAGUGAUUCUCCUAUUUCUUCACUUGAAUUCUUCCCACCUUUGACUGUUCCUACGGAUACUUUUAAUCUUCAGUCAUCACAAUCAAUAAGUAAUGGUCAUCAGAAGAAUAAUCAUACGCAACAUGCGCAUUUUUAG